AUGUUUCUAAAAGUCUUUGCUUCAUUAAUCUCAAUUCCUCUUAUUGCUGCUCAAAUGAAUCCCAUGUUAAUUAGACCAAAUAUGAUACAAUCUCCCAUUAUUACUCCUUAUUCACAAUAUUAUGAAGGAAGUAAUGGCCGUCUAGGGAACAUCUUACAUGAUUUCAUUGAUGAAGCUUUAAUUUCUCUUACACGAUCUCCCGAAAGACGAAUCCAGGAUAAUCUAUCUCUUUAUAAUCAGAGAGGACCUUACCUUCCAGGAAACUCAGUAGGUAUAAAUCCUUUAUUACUUAAUUCUCAAGCAAACUUUGGACCCAACUUACCCAUGCCGAUGCCGAUGCCAAUGCCAAUGCCGUUCUACUGA